AUGGAAGCUGCUCAAGAUGUUGUUUUGGAAGAGAGAGUGAAUCAUGAGGUGUUGGGGAAGGAAUUGCCGGACCUGGUGGUGAAUUCAAGGCACCAACAUUGCAAAAGUGAUCAAUGUGUGGGAGGUGAUCAAGAUGUUUUGGAAGAGAAAGUGAAUCAUAAGGUGUUGGGGAAGGAAUUGCCGGAACAGGUGGUGAAUUCAAGGCACCAACCUCGCGAAAAAUGGAUGGAUGAUAAGACUAAUGUACAGUUUUUGGAGGGGGUGGUUCUUGAUCAGGAUGGAGGUGCUCAAUGUGUGAGAGAGCAGCAUUGUGUGGAGGAAGCUGAUGGCAAUCUGAUUGCUGCUUCUCAAGCUGACAAAAAGGUUUGUAACGGAGUAGAGAGUGAAUGUGAUGUAGUGCUGAAUGAUGGGAGAGUGGACGAAUCAGAUAUGGAAGAGAUUGUUAAAGAGUCAGAGGUCAAGAGUUAUCAUAGAAGCAAAGAUCCUCAGGCCAUUAAUGUGCCGGACCUGGAAAUGAUGACUCUAGCAGAAUGGUUUGAUUACUUGCAAGUAUAUUUGCCUAACCAGAUUUAUGCUGCCACAGAUGAGAUCAUUAAGGACAUGCAAAAAAGAGCUAAGCAGUUUGAUGAAUUCAUGCUGUAG